ACAGGAGCGAGACCCACACUCCAUGGCAAGCUGGUCUGCCCCUUGAUAUGUACAGCCUGUUCCUGACGUGGGCAGCCAGUUUCUGUCGUGCGGGUGCGACACUGUCAAGUGCUACCUCUACGGUGUGCCUUAACCUGAGACAGCAGAGCAACGUCGCCAGCAACGCUUAAAAUGGUCACAACCGUGUGGAGUUUGGCUACGUGCGGGUGGAGUGUAGGAUGCCUGUAGUAGACUAGGGACGGACAGGGAGAACUGAACUGAACUGCUCCCACACGGGUUAGACACUGCCCCGGCCUGCUGGCUUUGAGCAGCAACUCGACAACAGGCAGUGACUGCGGGACAGAGCCCACCCAAAAAAGUCCCCUCCUCGAUCAGUCUGUCAGCUUUAAUCUGCCUCCUCAAUCACUGUCUUUAUGGGCGAUGGUGGUAAGGUCACAACGGUACUGGCCACCCCAGGGCAGGGGUCCGACAACCCCCAGGAGGUGUCCUACACAGAUAUCAAAGUGAUUGGUAAUGGCUCCUUUGGUGUGGUUUACCAGGCCAAGCUUGUGGACACAGGAGAGCUGGUCGCGAUCAAGAAGGUUCUGCAGGAUAAACGGUUCAAGAACCGAGAGUUACAGAUUAUGCGUAAACUGGAUCACCAGAACAUCGUACGACUGCGAUAUUUCUUCUAUACCAGUGGCGAUAAGAAAGAUGAGGUUUACUUAAAUCUGGUUCUAGACUACGUUCCAGAGACGGUUUAUCGAGUUGCUCGACACUUCAGUAAGGCCAAGCAGCCUAUCCCCAUGAUCUACGUCAAGGUGUACAUGUACCAGUUAUUCCGCAGUCUUGCUUACAUCCAUUCCCAGGGUGUGUGCCAUCGGGACAUCAAACCUCAGAACCUCCUGGUGGACCCUGAAACGGCGGUCCUGAAGCUCUGUGAUUUUGGGAGUGCAAAACAGCUGGUAAGAGGGGAACCCAAUGUAUCAUACAUCUGUUCACGCUAUUACAGAGCACCGGAGCUCAUCUUUGGAGCUACAGAUUACACUUCAAAUAUCGAUAUCUGGUCAGCUGGUUGUGUGCUUGCAGAGCUCCUUCUCGGACAGCCCAUUUUCCCUGGCGAUAGUGGAGUGGACCAGCUGGUAGAGAUCAUUAAGGUCCUGGGGACUCCCACGCGAGAACAGAUCCGGGAAAUGAAUCCUAACUACACAGAGUUCAAAUUCCCACAGAUAAAGGCCCAUCCCUGGACAAAGGUGUUUAAGGCCCGCACUCCGCCUGAAGCCAUUUCCCUGUGUAGCCGACUGUUGGAGUACUCACCUGCCCUACGACUGUCACCACUUGAAUCCUGUGCACACCCAUUCUUCGAUGAGCUGCGCGACUCCUCGACACGGCUGCCCAAUGGCCGAGAGCUUCCAGAGCUUUUCAACUUCACCCCAGUUGAGGAGGAUGGAGACAAUAGCAAGGCAUCGACAAGUGGCCUGUCAAAUUCUUCCUGAAGGGAUCGACUCCACUGCUCAGUGACAGCCCCGACCUUCCCCCUUUCUCAGUCAGCACAGUCCCUCAUUCCACUCAUUUCUCUGCCCCCUUCCCCAUUAGCCCUCAGCCCCAACCCUUCCUCCCUGUCUUCCCUCCUGCCUUCCCUCUAGCUCCCCCUCAUUCUCCCUUCUCCGCUCUCUGCCCCACUCACCCACCUCCUUCCACCCAUUUACCCUCUCCCUCCUCCCCCAUCCCCAUGCCCCCUUCCCUUCUCCCCUUCCCUGUCUCUCUCCCCCCGCCCCCAACCAGCCUCCUGUUCCACCGAAUACGCUGUGAUUACAUCCUUCAUAUUAAAGUAUAGCAUUGCCUGCAUUUUCUCACUUGUACACCUACCUCCCUCACCUCCCACCUUUCUCCCCCUCUCCCAUUUCUGUCAGCCCCUCUUUCCUGUCGCCUAACUGUCUCUCUUCAUACACUUCCCUCUCUGACUCCCACACCUAGCCCCCGCCCCCUCUCCACCACUGUGUCUCUGUCUCUCCCACCCCCACUCUUCUCUCUCCCACACUCACUCUCUCUCCCCCCCACCCCCACUCUC